AUGCCUAUGGUACUUCUCAUUAAAGUUGAAAAGGCAGAAGCUCUCUCUGAACUGGAGGAAAAGAAAGAGGACAUCGAGAAAUUGAGAGAGAAACUUUCAGUUAGGAAGGAAGAGGUUAAAAAAUUAAAGGAAGACACUACAAGAGAAAAUGAUCAUCAGCAAAGAGUCGUCACUUCACAGGAUAUCCAGAAAAUCGUUGAUGACGUAGACGAUAUAACGAGGGAUUUGGUCGCUUCCCUUCGUAUGCCAACGCCCCUUGGUAGAAAUAUAGAAGAGGAGAAAACUAAAAAGCGCGACAGAAUUUGGGAGGUCCUUAUCAAAUGGAAAUACAGUAAAGGAUACAGAGCCACAUUGUCAACUCUAAAAGACGUCCUUCUAAAAUUAAACCAGACAAAGGCCGCAAUUAAACUGUCAGAAAUGGAAGAACUGAAUGAAGACGUGAAACACGCACGUGCACAGAGUGCGAAGUUAAGAGAUGACUGUGAUCAGCUAAAAGAGGAUUUAGAAAAGAAGAGCGAAGAACUUAAAAAUUGUUCGAAAGAACUGAAACAGUCACGCAGAGCUGCUAAAGAAAUGAAAACGAAGAAAAGGAUUUACGUACGUGCACAGAGCGCGAGGUCAAGAAAUAAACUUCAUCAGUUUAAUGAUAAUUUAGAAGAGGAGCAACGUGGACAUAAAACUGCUGGUAAGAAAAUUGAAAAGUGUGAAAAUAAACUUGCAUAG